AUGUCCACACAAAAUAACCGAGUAAAGAAGCCUAGAGUCACCAAUUUCAAAUCAUCAGACCGUCGUUUGGCUGCUGGAAUACGACCAGAAUCGUUUUUAUUGAGUCAACAACACCAAAAUGUGAAUAUUUCACCAGCUAUUCAAAAACAUCAACCAAUAAUAAAAGGAACAAACACAAAGAAUAAUAAAAACAAGAAGAACCACAAUACAGAUCCAACAUUAGAAGAAUGGGAUCCAGCACAUUUUAGAUUAUUUGUGGGUAAUUUAGGUUCUGAUGCAAAUGAUACAAUUUUAUUGAAAUCAUUUGGGAUUUAUCCAAGUGUUACAAAAGUUAAAGUGCCCAUGGAUAAGAAUGGGGCUAAUAAAGGUUAUGGGUUCGUUGCAUUUAGUGAUCCAAAUGAUUAUUUGAAAGCUUUUAAAGAACUGAAUGGGAAAUAUAUUGGACAUAAUCCAUGUGUUUUAAAGAAGGCUAAUGAUUUGAAGAAGAAGAAGUGA